CCAAAGAAGUGGGCAGCAAGUCUACAAGAACAUGGUUGACUGUCUUAUCAAAACGGUCCGAUCGGAGGGCUACUUUGGGAUGUACAGAGGUAAGAUUCCUCAAAGCUGUGUUAUUGAGUGUCCUUGUGGCUGCAUGAGUGUUUUGUUUCAGUGUUUGGUACAGUGUUCACUGUUCAUUGUCUGUAUAAGGCUUAGCCACAAAUCUCCACAUACUGUGACCUCCAUAUUUAUUCAUACCCCCGACUAAAUUAGGACAAAAAAUCUAAAAGAAAAUUUACAGGUUCAUACUGGGUCAUUUGUACAACUGUACUGAAAUAACUGAAUUGACAGAUGAAUGUAAAUGAAAACGUACUUGAAACGGGUUUGCCCCGCUUAUGUAAUUGAAGUCUCUCUCAAACCUUGGGAGGCUCUUGUGAUUCAAAAUCAAGAAGGCUAACUGUCCACUGGCAGAAGUUUCCUCCAAUCCCCUGACCCACUGUCUGCGGAGCAUUUGCAUUUCCUUAAAUGCAGUGGUGUUAAUAUGCUCUGGUUAUCUGAUACAUUUGAAAUUGGACUGAUUCGUUUGCAUUUGAACUGAACAAACUCAUUCCCUGGCAAGUUGUAGCAAAUGCCACAGAUUCCAUGUUGCCAGCCAUAUCGGUUGCAGUGUAAGGACAUGACUCAGCCUUUUGCAUAAGCAAAGAAAGAAAGCUUAAGUCAUUUUGUUGCCCGGGGGGUGGAGGGGAUGGAACCGGUUGUGUGGGCCUCGGUUUCUUGGCUGUGUUUGCAUAUGUGUUUUUCAUGUUGCAGACACGGGUCCUCGUGGACAUUGAAGGCUUGCCGAUUAGGCGCUGCAGUCAAUCUUACACUGGUCACCCCGGAGAAGGCGAUCAAACUGGCCGCCAAUGACUUCUUCCGCCACCACCUCAGCAAAGACGGGAAGGGGCUGACUGUGUUUAAGGAGAUGCUGGCUGGAUGCGGUGCGGGGAUGUGCCAGGUCAUCAUCACUACCCCCAUGGAGAUGCUGAAGAUCCAGCUGCAGGACGCCGGGAGGCUGGCAGCUCAGCAGAGGAAGCCGGUUAUAAUGCCCGCCACGAAGCUGGUCACAGCCAACACGGUGCUGAGCCGCUCCUACAACGUGGUGCCCACCCCCAUGGUGCGGAAGGCGUCGGCCACUCAGAUCACGCGGGAGCUGCUGCACACGGAGGGGGUCCAGGGCCUCUACAGAGGUCUAGGAGCCACUCUCAUGAGGGAUGUGCCCUUCUCUGUGGUGUACUUCCCCCUGUUCGCCCACCUGAACCAUCUCGGCCAGCCCUCGCCCGUGGAGAACGCCCCCUUCUAUUGGUCCUUCCUCUCUGGCUGUGCGGCGGGCUCCGCAGCUGCGGUGGCGGUCAACCCCUGCGAUGUGGUCAAGACCAGGCUGCAAUCCCUGAGCAAGGGAGUGAACGAGGAGAGCUACAGCGGUGUGGUGGACUGCGUGAGCAAGAUCAUGCGGAAGGAAGGCCCGGCUGCAUUCCUGAAGGGCGCUGGCUGCCGCGCCCUGGUCAUCGCGCCGCUCUUCGGCAUCGCCCAAGUCAUGUACUUUGUGGGCGUGGGGGAGUUCAUCCUGGGGUACACCUCCUUCAACCUCUACUCUUCCUAGUUUACCUCGGACACCCUGCGGCUCAGCCCCCCCCCCCCCCC